CUCACAGCCACAGCACCAAGGCUAAGACGUACUCCCAGCUAGUGCUAAGCUUAGGAUAUACUCCUAGGUACUGUUAUUAUUUAGUUCCCUGGUAAACAAUAAACCCUUUUAAAUCAUAGAGCGCCUGUGUGAUGAGAUGUAACUAAAUUUGAUCCAUGUGCUCCCAGCUACAGUGAUAAGGAUAUGAGAAACUCCAAGCUACAGGAUAUACUUGGAACUAGUGGCAGAGGCAGUAUAAUGGCUCGAAGGAUGUCUUCAAGUGGCGAUGAGACAAUAAAUAGUGACUGCUCACCCUCAAAGGAUUGUAAAGAACAUGCAAAUACAGACAGACCAUCUAGGAAUGGAGUUGAUGGGCAUCUGGGAAAUAGAGAUGGACACUAUAUCGGCUGUGAUGGACGACACUGGCUUGCGUAUAUUGGUUUGAUGCUGCUGUUCUCAGCUACCGUGACUGCUGCCCAGGAAACCAUUGACAGUGAACCCGGUGAUGUAGACUGUAUAGUGAAGUACGUCAUGCAGAAUGACUCUUCGCCAAAGUACCACUUCAGAGAAGACGCGUUCGUGCUGGGUUUCCUUCCUAUAGAGCCAACACAUCAGGUUCUCACUGGACUCAAUAUUUCUCUUUACUCUAAACACGGCAAAGCCAUCUUAUCUGUGAAGCUCUCAUCUUCAAAUGACUCACUUAUGGAGUGCUACAUUAACGACCAAAUCACCGAGUCAAGUCUAAUUGGAUAUUUCGAAAGCCAAAUUGAUUUUGACUGGCAGCACAUCAAUAUAUCUGUCGAGAACAAAAGGUUGGUUAUAAACGGAAGUUACGUGAUGUGCCCAAACACACUUGUGGAAGAUAUGUCACCAUUCAUAGAUGUGACACCAACCACUGCACCCAUCUAUCUGGUUCAAAACUGUCGACAAGCUUGUCCGGUCUUCUGGAACUCAGUUCGUAUUAAACCUGAAACGAAGACAAACGUGUCUGUAGCGAACGCAUCAGCAGACACGCAUGCCACGAUGACCCACGCAGACUUUUACAACAACGAUAUUACCAGCGGAAGUGAUGUGAUGGUAUCCUACGUCAGCGCCAAUUGGUCGCAACUCUACGUUGAACAUAAUAAUACCCAUAUAAUACUCCAAGAUGAACACCUCACCAACGUGUUUAUGACGACAAACACAGAAGUGACACUCGAGGGAGAUUCCAUGACCUGGCUCGUUAAUUGCGAUUCUGGUAUCCGCAAGCACAGCUGGAAGGAAUAUUACACUUCCUUAACACAAGAAGCUGCCACGGACAUGGGCAAGUGGUUGAGUCCAGUUAUCAUCGUCCUUCUACUGUUAAUUCUGGCCAUUGCCAUCAUCAUCAGAAUUAGGCAGCUACGAAAAGAAGAAUGGGGGGAAGAAGAAAGUCGUGCUUCAGUAGGGAACUCUACAAAGGUGGAAUUACUCGACAUAGGCUCAGAAUCUUCAAGCAGAUGCGUUACCCAGACUAUGCCCAUCAGAAAGACUUGCAGCGCGGAUAAUGUGGGUUUGACCCAGACAACACCUUCUCCUGGGCGAGGUGUGCGAGGUGUACCACCUUAAAGGCACUACUGCCACUAUGUUAGAUGAUGAUGAUUAUGCUCAGCUGAAGGAAGACGACCAGUAAGAACACUGACGUGUGAAAUGGAUUUGGAAAUUGUAGAGAAAGAUCUUGUGAAAGAAAUGAAAAGAAAUCAAAGCUAGAUAUGUUUAGUUCGCUGAGCCAUCUCAGACAGAUAUUACCUGUAUCCCAUUAGUCCAGCAACCACUUCUUCAACGCACUUAAAACUCCUAGUAGCUAUAUGUCAAAACUCUCAAGAAGCAGAGGAGAUCAACUCCCAAAAGAUAUCUUGAAGCUGCAACUCAAGAUUCCAAAGCGGAGAAGGAGCUGCAUGUCAACAUCCGUAUUAACAAAGAACACAGUAGCUAUCGGUUAGCACUAUCAAGAGAGCUAUAAACAAACACCCUCAAGAGGUAUGUUUGAUGUAAAUCAACACCUUUAAGUGGAACAAGAACUGCAGCACAGGUGAGAUAAUCACGUACUGUCUAAAUUUACAAUGCAAUCGUAAGAACAUAAGAAAGAAUAAGCACUGCAUCAGCCCUAUUGGUCCAUGCAAGGCAACUCCAAGUCACACUCAUAAGAAGGAAGAAGCGCUGCUGCUGGCCUACUGGUUCAUGCUAAGCAGGUCUAUCUCUCUCUCCCACCCACACUCACUCAUGUACUUGCCUAACCGAUUUUAAAGCUACAUAAGGUUUUAGUUUCAAUGUCGCUACUCGGUAGCUUGCUCCACUCAUCCACAACUCUAUUAUUAAAGCAGUGCAUUCGUAUACCCAUUCCAAAUCUAAACUUUUCCCUCAUGAACCCAUUGCCGCAAGUCCUGCCUUGGUUACAUAUUUUUAGCAUUUUAUUUAUAUCCCCUUUAUUUUAUACUUGUUUUCCAUUUAUACACCUCAUCAUACCCACUUAUUUUAACGCCUUUCUAGAGACGGCAGAUUCACUGCCAUCAGUCUGUCCUUGUAGGAGGAAAGAUUUCUCAAACAUGGAAUCAACUGUUUUUCUUUCUCUGUAAAUUUUUCAACGCAUUUAUUUGCAUUCUGUAAUAUGAUUGCCAGAAUGUUCAGCAUAAUAUAAAUGAAGCCUAGUUAACGUUAUAUAGAUCUGAAUAAUAACCUGAGGACUCUCUUAUUUAUACUUAUUGUUAUGUACUCAAAAACUACAUUUGCUUUAUAGCAAAAUAAAUAUUCACAGUUUUCUUUGUUUUAGAUUACUGCAAACCAGAACUCCUACAUCUUUCUUGUAUUUACAGUGAUU